AUGAUAUUCAAAGCAACCCCAGAGUUUGCCAUCGCCUUCACCAAAUUCACUUCGAUACUUGGCAGUUCUUGGCCUCACUACCAAGGAACGAGCAAGUUUCAGCUCAUUGUUUUUACUAUAAAAUGGUGGUUUUUUUGGAUCAUGUCAAUAAUGGCAUUUCUGCCGAUGUGCUACGCCGCGUACAACAAUACCAAUAAUAUAUUGAGUUUUACAAAGUCAUUGUGUGACGCUGCCAAUUGUAGCCAAGCUUUCAUCAAAAUGUUUUUAUGCAAAAUACAUUUUCGAAAACUUCAGUUUCUUUUCUGUGCAAUGGAAGGACAUAUUGCUCAAGCAGGAAAUAAUGAAAGAGAAUUAUUCAUAAAUUACAUCAAAAGAUGUGGAAGAUUACACGUGACGAUAAUGAUGGCUGCUGUUUUUGCAGCAUUUGUGAUCAUUAUUUCGCCACUAAGUGCCCCACAGCCGUUUCCCAAUAUUGCUGAAUAUCCAUUUCCUGUGGAUGGACACCUAACUUUUAAGAUUAUCUACUUGCAACAAAGCAUAGCGACUAUCCAUUGCAUGUCAAUUCCGGUUUUUGACUGCCAAAUCGCUAUGUUGCUGUGGUACGCUGGUGCAAGACUGGAAUUGUUGGGCGAAGAGUUUCAGAAUGUCACCAGCAACUACCAGUUCAUAGAGUGUGUCAGAAAACAUCAGUAUUUAUUGUGGUUCAUCGAAGAAAUUAUAACAAGUAGUCGUCAUAUUUUAGCAACGACGGUUGUUAUGUGCACGGUUGCUGUCAUCACCAGUGGAGUUCAUAUUGUUGGGAAUGAACCGGUGGCUGAUAAAGUACCCUUUGUUGUUUUGUCGAUGGGGUUAUCGGCGGUGUUGUAUCUUUGUGCAUGGCCAUCUGAGCAUCUUUCGCAAAUGUGUGAAAAUAUAGGGACUGCGUUAUACAAUUCUCCUUGGAUAAAAAAUUCAAAAGAACUGAAUAAAAGUAUUUUUAUCGUAAUACAAAGAUCUCAAAAGCCAGCGACCAUUGAAGUAACCGGAGUCCUGCCUGUACUUUCGCUGCCUUACUACGCAACAUUUUUAUCGAAAACAUUUUCAUACUUCACAACGCUGCGAGUAGUGUUGGACAAAAUGGAAGGCUAA